AUGGAGCCUAAACAGGUGACCUACCACCCUCUCAUAUCUGAGUCGCGAGACUUCGAGUCCAUCACAGAGCAUGACCAGGAAGACAUUUCGAAUGAUGAGCGAAUUCUCUCAAGACAUCAACGUUUGCGUGGCUGGGUGCGUCAUAAGACCAGUCCGGUGCUUAUUGCCCUGAGUGCACUAUGUCUGUUGGUGUGCGCUCUCAUUGUUGCUGUCUUGACGAAGCUCAAUCCCAGUGACCUACAGUGCUCCAAGCAACUUUCAUCAUGGUCACCCGCACUCGAUGCCGUCGAGUAUAUUGAGUACGACUUUGACGGGGCAUUCAAUGCCACCAGCAUCUACCGCGGGCCCCCAACCGAAGAGAGAGAGUCCGCUUGGUUUAAUUUAACGUAUAAGCAUGGCGUCGAAAUUCCUCCGGAGAAACUUAGUACGCUGAAUAAAACUGAAGCGGAUAACCUGCAACACGUUCCUCCUGACGUUGGCCCUGGAUACACUGGAUUGUUGGAGGUAUUUCAUCAACUACACUGCUUGAAUAUCGUGCGUAUGUACACAUGGUGGCAGGCAGGUAAAUAUGACGAGCCUCCGGAAGGAUUGGUGAGAAACGAGCUCAAGAACCGCAUCCAUGUCGACCAUUGUAUUGAGUCCCUGCGAGCCACCCUCAUGUGUUCCAGUGACGUCUCAUUGUUGUACGUGCAGAUUGGAGGGGCAGCCGGCCGACGUGCAGACUUUGCUUCGCACCAUAAGUGUAGGGAUUUUGGGAAGAUAGAGCGGUGGAUAGAUGAGAAUUGGACGGUUGUUUAG